AUGAUGUCAGCCAGCUUUCAUUGGAAACAUCGCAGCAACGAACAAGGUAAAAAUCCGUUGGAUAAGUCAGCUAUGCCAUCUUCAACACUGCACUACAUGUCGACUAAUAAUAGUACUAAUAACGGAACUGGUACUAGUACUAAUACUAGUGGCAGUAGCAGUCACUAUACCAUAGCGCCACGAAGUUUCUCCGAAAUGGUACCGUCACAACAACAACAACAACAAAAUAAGAAAAGAAAACGUUAUAGUGAUGAUGAUAGCGAAACCCAUAACGAAACCCAUAGCGAAAACAACAAUGAUACAAGCCAAGAGCAAUUCAAACCUCACAAUCAUCGUGAUCAAACUGCCUCUGGGCUACUGCACUUGCAACAACAACAACUGCAACAACAACAUUCACUGCUGCUGCUGCAACAGUUGCAUUAUUUCCAUGGCAGUUCCAAAACAAAACGUACCAAGAUCCCGAAAAUAAUUGGACAACCCCUCCCCACCAGUCGACUAAUUGAAUCGCUCGAUAAGACACAUUUAGAAAAAUUGCUUCAUUCUUUAAUUGACAUCCAUCCAGAACUCAACAAGACCAUUCAAAAGAUCACUCCAAAACCUUCAUUGGAAAAUCUUCUUCUGAUACUACAAGACAAACAUGCUCAACUUAUCGACCAUCUUCCUUACAAAUGCAGCGAGACGAGCGACUACUCGUACUUGAGAAUUAAGCCGUAUUUGCAAGAAUUUCUUUCGUGUUUAGAGGAUUACGUCCUCUACUAUUUGCCCAGUAAUAACUAUAGUGAAACCAAACACAAAUUGAUUCAAUCACUUAAAUUUAUAGACGAAGCAACGAGCACGAUUCACAAGUUGCCCAAUUUUACCAAUUCUGAGUAUCAGUAUAUGAGAAACCUUACUUAUGAACAAUUAAUCAACUGCUGGUUGAUCUUGGUCAACCAAGAAACGAACUGUGAUACUGGCAAUGGCCUUGACUACACGGAAUUUCACAAGAUUGUCGAAGAAUUGGAUUUGUUGGAAAGCUUAAAACAACAUGGUGUGCAAAGUGGCCAGGAAGGGUUCAGUAAAGUGAUUGAAGCCGUGCAAAAUAAAUUGGGACAAAAUCAAAUUUUGCUCAGCCGCCAAUUUGGCAUUGAUUAUGGUAAUGACAUGACAGUCAGUAGCAGCAACGGUAAUAGAAGUGGUACUGGUGCUGGCUUUGGAGGUGGAGGUGGAGGUGCAAGUAGAAGUGGCAGUGGAAGUGGAACCAGUAGUAAUGCUUUAAGCGACAUGAUUACUGUUGAUUACUCACUGUAUUCCUUGUCAAAUCGUUCUGUAUAA